AAUCAAAUAUCAUUAACAAUCAUUCUCACACACUACUACUCACCGAUCUUCUUCACUUUCUUUCCCAUUUAUCGCACCCCAAACCAAUCACCAAUCGUAAUCGCGUUCCUGUUCCUCUUAUUCUCUGUGUUGAGGUUUCUCUCCUCACUCUUCCCUCUCUUUCUCUCUCCCUUCGCUUCCAGCAACACAACCCUGAAUUUGGCUUUCGGAUUACGAUUCUCUUUCUUUUCUUGAUUUUUUUUUUUAAAUUUUUGUGAGGAAGAGGGUGUGAGGGAGAAGGGGGAGAAUGUCGAAGAAGAAAGUUAGUGGCAACACCAUGACGCUUAAGGAUUUCCAUGGCGGUUCUAUACCCUCUGAUCUCCCUCUACCUUCUGCUCCCGGCGUGACUGUGAGGACUUCGGAUCGUUCUGGUUAUGAUCGACCUUCAACAUGGGGAACCCCGAUGGGCCGCUCGGAUCAUUGGUCUCGGCCGCAUACGUCACCGGCAACUAGGCAUUAUGAUGACAAAACCCCUUUUCUGUCACACACUGCCCCCAUUGGCAGGAAUUUUGAUGAGGAUGAGAGGAAGCCCCUUGAUGGUAUUUCUGCCCCGCGGAGAACAAUCAGUGAUGAGAGCAUUCGCGUUCCACCUUCUCGUGUUGAGGUGAAGCCUGAGUAUGGACUGGGAGGGAGUUCAUUGGGCAGGCAAGUGGCUCCAGUGUCUCAGAUUUCUGUUGGGACUGGAAAUUUUUUCUCGACCAGGGUCACUGCAGCGGUUCACAUGGCAAUGAAUCCUCAGAGUUUAGGAGGUAGUAAGGAGCAGGGAAGUUCCGGUAGUGGUGGUGGUAAUUAUCCAAAUGUAUGGUCAACGAGGAAAGAAGUGGCAAGUGUUGUUGAGCAAGAGCAAUCUGCUUGGUCUAGUGCUAAUGCUGCUUCAAAGUUGGCUCAUGCAAGUGCUCUUGAGAAGGUGUCUUCUGGUAGAUGGCAGUCAAAGGCAGUCCCUUAUCAGACAGAUGCUGAGGUGGUUAGAUCUUCUGAGGUUGAGAGUAGUAGACCACGUGCCAAUGUUUACGGCAAUAGUUCUUACAAUAGGAUGGAUGCGGUAGGUGAAAAGGAGUAUUAUGAUGCAAUGCUAGCAAGACAUGCUGAAAGGGGUUUAGGUAUUGAUAAUCAGAUGCAAGAUGGUAGGAAUGACUUACUGGAUUAUGAAAGGUCUGGGGUUUCCAAGUAUUCAGAAGCACAGCCAAGAAGUGUUUAUCAUUCUGACGGGGUAAUGGUUGGGUCUGAUUUGCAACACCCUGUGCCUUCUGAACCAACUGAGCGACCUAAACUGAAGUUGCUACCAAGGGCAAAGCCACAGGAAAGUUCAGAACCUUCUGUUAUGGGAUAUGCACAGGGUUAUCGGCAGGUUAAUGAUUCUGGCCACGUUGGAACUGUUUACCAGGCGCAUGGACAUGCCAAUGUUGUGAAGCCUCUAUCAACUGAAAAUGAAAUUGGGAAGGAGGUAGGACAGCGUCCGAAGCUGAAUUUAAAGCCUCGGUCGCAGCCACUUGAACAGUUGGACGGAAACACUGAAAGAGACAGGAAUGCUUUAUUUGGUGGAGCACGCCCAAGAGAACUAGUAUUGAAGGAACGAGGGGUUGACGAUGUUGCAAUCAACAACUAUGAUGUGGUAGAGCAUUCAAAUAGGGUUGAAAACAAUAUUUUGAGGGCCGAGAAACUCGCUGAACAUUCAAUCCAGACUCGACUUGGUGAAAAAACUGAGGACUCUCAUCUUGAUCCAAGAACAGGCAGAAAGCCUGAAAGGAAGGAGCAAAGGGUAGAUGGUGAAAGAGCUCAUACACAGAGGAGGAAUUGGCGUGGUGAUAAUCGUAGAAACGGGAGGGAAACUGAUAGGCAGCAGGCCUCUGAGAGGCCACCUUCACCCGAGACAUGGCGUAAGCCUGUGGAGCAGCCAAAAUCAUCUUCAGGUGCUGUUGGCAUACGCUAUGGCAGAGCAGCUUCAGCAGUUGAACUUGCACAAGCAUUUUCAAGAUCUGUAUCAGAUCCAAAAGUAAAUGAUAGGUUUUCAGGUCAAAGGGGUCUGAACACUGGCAACAGGACACAAAUGCCUUUUUCACGGCUUGUUGGUCCUACACCAAGGCCUCAAAUCAAUGGUUAUUAAAUCUUUGGUGGAUAAUUGGGACUCAUUAGAGAGACCUAUUUCUAGGAGACAGCAUUUGAUUCAUACAAGUUGUGGCAUUGCGGAGCACCUCAUGGAGUGGAUGUAGCUUUCAUUAUUUUCUCCUCAUUCAUAACCAUGAGUGAGAAAUUAAAACGGUUACGAUUUACAUAGCAUUAGUUAUGACUAUACCAAUUUACAAUCACCAUGUUUUAUUUUUUUUCCUUCCCCCUUUUACUGCCAAAACAUCGUAUAAUUGUUCGAUUUAGUUUCCUCAUCAUGCAGCCAUCUUGGACAAUUUAUGGAUCAUGAUUAAGGAUUUCUAAUUUCUAAACAAUUAUUUAGUACUCAGCAUACUGCUGUUCUAUCU